GUCGUCAUAGCUACGGGGUCAGUCUCUGCCUUGAUUGCUUGACAGGUGCGUGUCAGUAUAGCUACCCAGCAUGUUCCCUAAAGGGAAAGGUUCAACUGUACCUUCGGACAGUCAAGCGAGGGAAAAGUUAGCACUCUAUGUAUACGAAUAUUUACUCCAUGUCGGGGGCACAGAAGACAGCACAGACAUUUUUGUCCGAGAUAAGGUGGGAGAAAAAUAUCACAUUAGGAGAGCCUCCGGGGUUUCUGCACUCAUGGUGGUGUGUGUUUUGGGAUUUAUAUUGUGCUGCGCCGGAGAGGAGAGAAACAUGUGAACAUUCAAGUGAAGCGAAGGCCUUCCAUGAUUAUAGUGCGGCAGGCCCGAACUCAGUCAUGGGACAGAUCCCCCAAGGAGCAGAUGGCAUGCCUGGUGGGCCCAUGCCAGGUUUCUUUCAGUCGUCUCCUCAUCAUAAUCCAAACAUGAUGGAUGGAAACCAGCCUUUCAUGUCUCCAAGGUAUCCUGGGGGACCAAGAGGGCCAGUCAGAAUGCCAGGAAACCAGCCUGCAGUGGGCGCACCAAACUCACAAGCACAAGCUAUGAUGCAAUCAAUAGAUCCCUCAAGGCAACCUGGUCAUCCGAGUAUAAUGGGUCCUAGGAUGAACCACCCGAGAAUGCCCAUGAAUCCAAAUUAUGGCGGUCCAGGAAUGAGGGCGCCAUUGAAUUCAAUGCCAGGAGGAAUGCCAAUGUCAAUGCCGGGAGGAAGGCCUUGGAAUCCCAAUGCAGUACCAGGUCCUCCUGGAGGUCCUGGCGGAGGGCCUCCUGGUACUCCUAUCAUGCCUAGCCCACAAGAUUCCUCUAAUUCAGGUGACAGCAUGUUCUCAAUGAUGAAGUCAGUACCUGGUGGAGCCAUGGGACCAGGGCAGAACUUUCCAAUGAAUUCUGGGCCUGAUGGACCUAUGCCAAUGGGCAGUCAAGACAUUCCUCCUGUCAUGAACGGUGAGAUGGAUGGCAUGCCGAAAAGUUCACCCGCAAGCAAUCCACCGGGCGGCCCAGGAGGGCCCGGGACACCCAGAGAAGACAAUGGUUCCAUGACCCCACAGAUGUUCCCACCAUAUGCAGAAAAUUGUCCACAGGACCAGAACGAGUCAGCAGCUAUACUCAAAAUCAAGGAGACAAUGCAAGAAGAGGCUAAGAGAUUUGAGAAGGACACACCCGGGCCUGAUCAUCCGGAAUACUUCAUGCAAUAAUACAUACCCCCCUCCUUUCCCCUCCUCACAAUCCCAAUUCUGCUUGAUAACUUUCGCUUUGGAGACGGAGGAAGCGAUCUGAUCUUCCUUGUGAUGCGCCGCACAAUGUAUGGCCUCAAAACAACGAUCGCUUGUGGGAUUGUGCCCUUAACCAGCACAACCCCGAGACAACAGUAACACAUGUGGGACUAUGAACAUGUACUACAUACAGGCCCAAGUCAAUGGUAACAUCAUAUGGAAUAGCUCUCUCUGCACAGCCCCAUCACAUCUAUGACAACACCUGGGAUCACAAGCUUAUCAAGACACCAAGACAACGUUUACAGGAUACAGGACGGUGCACCCUGCAUAGCUCCAAAAGAGCGGUUACAUGCAGGAAUCAUUCUCAUCACAGCCACACAAGAACUGUGUCAUGAGGGAUCGUGGUUCCACUAUGGCAUCUACAGCAACAUUUCGCCAAUACGAUUUGUACCUACAAGUUCACUCUACAAAGGGCGGGUGCAUUUUGUUUGAUCUUCACAUGAAAGAAAUCUGAAUAGUAUGAGUUUUCCCACUGUUUAGCAAGUGUUGAGAAAGAUAUAGCUACCCAAAUAAAUACUUUAAUCAAAUUUUGUUGGAAGUAGUGCAGUUUGUGAGACAAGUUUAAUGACUUAAUUUUUAUGAUGUGGAUGUUUUCUAUUUCCUCAUGCCUAAUAAAGGCUGAAGAUUAGCUAUUGAGGAUGGAUGUACUUGUACAACUCUGACAUAUCUUAUAUUAUAGAUAUUUUUACUGCUAGACAAUUGCUGAUCAAUCUCUAUCAAGUCAGCUGUUUUUGUCCUAAAAUAUGAUAUCUGUAUCAGGAACUUAUAUUAGCUUGUCCUUAAUAAGAAACUUGUUCAAAGUAUGACGUAAUGAAUAUAAAGAAUUAAAUCUUCAUACUCUAUGCCACCUCAAUACGUUCACUGAUCAUAUCAAGUCUGUAACAUGUUUUGUCAUGAAGAAAGAAAUUUGUGAAAUUGUAUGCCUUGAUAAGUAUGUACUAUGUUCAGGUCUUGCUGUGAAGUGGCAGAUCACAUCAUACAACUCAGAUUACUUUCAUGUGAAGCAUCAGCCUUUAGCGCUGUAUUACUGUAAAGCCAGAAAGCCAGACACUUUCGUGAAUUGUUGUUUACGCCUCUUUUUGCGGCGUGCAAUGUUCGUGCAUUGCUGACCAAGAAAUCUGGGUAGUAUUGUACUUGCAUUCAAUGCACUGUUUAAGCUAAUACUCUCAAAGUGUUAGGCACAUGAAAGUGUCUGGUUUAAGACGUGAUAGACUGUUGAAGGGCUGUUCAUACCAUCUAAAGUUGUGCUAGGUAUCCAAUGAUUAAAGACAUCUCAAUGCCAUCUAAGAUCUUCAUCUGCCUGAGGUAACAGUCUAUUGUUACUAAAGUAACUAAACAAAUAAUUUGAAUUCUGGCAAAAGGACUUUGGCUAUUAAAAGUGAAGGUCCAUAAAAAAGUCAUAAUUAUCCAAUGUAGCAGUAUCAUUAUCAUGUGUUGUUAAGCACAUGUUAAUUCGAUGUGAACAGAACCUCAAAUGUUGUAGGAAUAAGACAUUAUCCUAUCAUUUUAACUUCCCAACAACAAACUUAAUCUUACAAUUUGCCAAUUGCAAUAUUCUAGUAUAUCUGUCCAAGAUAUGCAUUCAAACAAAAAAUGACAACGCUGUUAAAAGACAAGUGAUUCCAUUGAGAAGGCCUUUCUGUGAUUUCUUCUAAAAUAACUCAUGAAGCAAUGAAACUCUGAUGAUGUUCGUAUUAUGAUGCUGACCAUUGUACAAAGUCAUUCACACUGUAAUUAUUAAGUCCUUGUGUAAUUUAUUCUCAUUCUUUGACAUGUUAUGUUUUGACUUUGUUUUAUUAAAGACAUACAAAGGAGUUAUCGAUACCUGUACUUUUACCGACCAAGCCCAUCUCAUUAAACAUCAAAUGUAGACUCAUUCUUAUGCAUAAAUCUUCUGACCUUUUUCUUUUUUAGUCUAUGGCUUACAUGAAACCAUAAAAGUGUUUAUAUAGAUACACCUUUCUCAGAACCAAACAUCAGAAACCUAAUACUAUUGCUUUGCUCUAAGGGAAAUCCAACCUUGAUAGCAAACUACUCUACAGGAAAGCAGAAAAAUUAGAGAAGUAGACUGGUGAAAGUUUGAAUGAAAUCGGACAAAAAAAUAAGAACAUCAUGACAUUUUAAAAGUUUAAAUCACUAUAGGUAUGUGCUGUAAAAGUGGCUGAAUCAAAAUUGUCAAUGUGAUGUAUUAGGGGGCACAUAAAAUGACUCAAAUUACAAUUUUUCAAAAAACUAAUGACUCCGGAGGGUCUUUGCUCUUCAGAAAAUCUAUUCAAAUGUGAUAUCCAUAAUAUGUUUUGAGUAGUGCCCUAAAGGAGAAGAUUUAUUUAAAACUUUUGCCAUUCUGUUUAUCUUAUUUUUCUGCUUUCAUACUAAUGAACGUAUUACAAGGGUUGGAUUGCCCUUUAAGUUGCAGCUUCAAUAUUUUUGUCAAACUCUUUAGUGAUCUGGAGUACUGUAAAGUAAUAUUUGAGCUGUGAUAAGUUAUUGCUGCACUGAUACACAUUUAGCUUUAUGAUUAGCAACAUAUAGGUUGCAAGUUGUUCUAGGCUAGUCAUUGACAAUGACUCUCAUGGUGUAUAUAUUUUUAAUGAUGAGUAUAGUUUUACAAAUAUUGUCCUUGACGCUAAUCAUCAUUGGCCUUUAAAUCCCUCUCGGAUCAUUUGAUUUCAUUCACAAUGCAUCAUGAAUUUGACUUGGUAGUAAACAGGUAAACUUGACUCGUAAUGCUUACAGACAAAUACAGCUAAAUUAUGUUUUUCAUGGAUAUUAAAUCAGUUCCAAUGCAGAGACAUUACCCAAAAUAGCACCAGUACUGAAGUAUUGUAAGGAAGAGCAUGGUACCUAACAUGUUGAUGUUAUAUAUUGCUAUAUUGGGUAAUGUCUUUCUUUAUUAUUAGCAUACUUGUUCAAAAUCAUAGCAAAUAUAUGGGAGUUCGCUUAAAGCCAUUAUUGAUCCAUACUAUAACUUUCAUCAGGGGGACUACAAUGUAUAACCACAUGGGCCCGGGCAAAAACAUGAAUGUUGUUUCUUAUAGUGUGGGUUAGCUGUUUGACUACACGGAAUGAAAUUUGUCAAAUAUUUGUAAUGAAAGAAUCCAUUUUGGGGAUUCUUUUUACAUGUAUAUCUGUACAGGGUCAGCAUUGCAUUUAUUCUUUCACUGUAAUUUUCUCUCAUAAUCUUUUUUUAUAUUUCUCAUUUGUUUAUUUGUCAUUUUGAUAGAGGUGAAAACAUUUGGGUUGUUUCUAUGUAAUUCAGUUGGACUUAUAAUGAGUAUACCAAUAGUAUUACCAUUAUGUCAGGUUUGCUGCCCUAUCUGCCCACGCUCCAUGCAUCGGUGAUAGCAUAUCGAUUGAUCAGAAUCUAUUUGGAUAUUCAUAAAAAAUAGUUACAGCAAGUAAAUCUUGCAAAAUCUGUAGCCAAGACAAAAUUAUGGCAACGUGAAAUGUCCCAGCAAAGCAAGAGAUUUUCUUCAGGCAAUUUUGUAUUUUGUAUUAGUAAACUUCUAUUAAUUUUGUUGAGAUGGACUGGAUAAAGCGCAUUUUGUGAAUAUCUGCCCCCCCCCCCCUUUGUUAUCUUUAAAGACGUUUCAGUUAAUCUUGAUAGAAGAAAAAUAUUGGGAAUUGCCCAAAACUAUCUAUGCAAUUACAACAUACUGUCCAGCGGUAGAUUAUAAGUGAGUCUUGCAUGUAUUCAUGAAGACAUUUAAAAAUGGAGACAAAAUUUUUUGCAAUUGCCCUUAACAAUCCAUAUCUUCACCUACUAGAUAUGGGCAACAACGUGCACUGUGCAUCCCCCAGUUCUGCAUAAACAACCUCAAAAAGGCUUCGCUUCAGUAAGAUUAUUCUCUAAGAAAUAUCAACCUAUUUACCCCUUGAAAAACUGAGAAAUUUCAUUCUAAAUAAUUAUUGGACUGCUGUGAGGAUAGGGAAUACAUAAUUGCUUGCCAUUAUUUGUCUAAAAUGCCAAAAAAUUUGUGAUCAUGUCACCAAUAUAUUGAUGCCCUUAGAAAAUCACAAACAAAAGCCAUUCAUGGGGACCAGAUCUGAGUGGCAUUUUGAAGGAAAAAAAAGAUUAUCCAGCGUUUUGUAUCUGGAUUUUCAAGACAUAAUUUGUAUUUUGUCUUUUUAGUCUUUGUCGUCCAAACCUACAACUCGUUUGUACACCCGCCUUUUUCUCCUCUUCUUGUGUAACCAGGACAACAAGUUCAAACUCAUACAAACUCUCGUUCUUAGUCGUACACUCUUGUAUAUAACAUGUUUCUUUGGUACAUCUGCAGCCAACAUCGGCAAGUCCCAAAUAUUGUCAUUGUACAAUAGCAGUGAGCUACUCCAGCAUUUUUACAGAGCUGUACAGGUACAAUGGUUUAAAAGACUCCUUUGCAUUUGAAACUGGCUAUGAAUCAUGAGGCAGUAUUUGCCUUUUAAAUUAUCGAAAACGAAAGGUGGGAUGACGAUGAUGUGUACCACGUAUUUUGUAUUAUAAUGUUGAACAAAUAUGAAUUCACCUCUGUACAAUGUCUACAUUGUACCUGUACAAUGUAUAUUGGUAGAAAAUCAUGUGUAUUUAGGAAUUUAUUGAAUGUUGUACAACUUUGUUUAGAGAAAUUCAUAAAAAAAACUAUUUAUGGCAUAUUUUUGUGUCUUGUGCAGUCUUGUAGUACAUAAAGUCUAUAAUUUUAACAUGUCAAUUCUCUUUCUCUUAAUUUGUUUUCUUCAUUUGAUUGAAGAGAUAUAUUUUCCUGAAAUUGUUCUAUCACCAUUAGUGAUUGGUGCUUUAAUAUAAUGGUAUUUUGUUAGUAGUUAUGUGUAUUUUUGUCAAAGAUGUGCAAAGGCUUUUUUCCAAGCACAUCAGUAGGCCAAUACAACACUACAAGUUGGUGCCAGUUCAGAGCAUUGAUUGGACAGAAAGCAAUCUUUGCAAAACAUCUGCAAGUUCUUACAGACUUGUCUUUCUCUCAUCAAGAUUAGGUAAAUGAUAUUGUAUUUCAAGUCUUUAAGGGACACAUAUUAAAAAAUACAUAAAAAUAAUGAUUUGUAAUAUCCCCGUCCACGCAGCGCAUUUGAAGGUGUUAUUUUUGUUGAAGUAUCAAUAUUUCAUCAGUUUGGAACCAGAAGGGCUUUAACGCAUAUAAUACUUAUCACCGAGUUAACCUCCUUCUGGCUCUGAACAAACAAUUUAAUAUUAUCAUAAAAAGGAAGUAGAUAUCAAACAGUAAGUGGUACUUUCUCCCAAUAAAAAAUAUAUCCUUUUGAAUUACCCAAGACAUAGUGAGUUUUAAUGCCUUUGAUAAUGAUGAAUUAUAUCAUAAUGCUUGGUAAAAGUAGACAUUAGCUUGAAAGUUACUUUACCGGAUUUCUUAUCCGUCCACUCAUGCUUGUACUUUUGCUUAACUUCUGCACAAAUCAAUACAAAUUAUGGCUAUCAUUAAUUCUAUUCAAUCGGUAGGGAGAAUAUUAAAGUUAUUUGAAUUUCCAUGUAGUGAUAGAGAUGGUUGGGGAAGCAGUGCUAAUGGAAAUUUAAAGACCUUUCUGGAAUGCAUAAAAAAUGGCCCAACUCGAUUCGUCUUCAUCUUUCAGGUUGUCUGAUAUUAAAAUCCAAUUUUCGAAAGAUGUUUUGGAAAUGUUCAAAAUAUCAAACUGAUAUCCUAUUUGGAGACCUUAUCUUGAAAAUCAAAAUUUCAUAUUCAGUUAGGAAUUGCUACUUCAAAAUUGAAUUCUGUAUUCUCAUGUGAUGCAUGUACUACUUUUGAAAUCAAACCGGGUGAUCCAAAAAUUGAAAAUCUGAUAAGAUAUUUGUAUUUGAAACCCGACUUUGAAAUAGAGAGAUACCAUGGUAUGAGUAUUAUGAAAGAAGAUUUGACCUAAACUGUACAUCUAUCUGUAACUAAAACAAUGUAAAUAAUAUAAUUACCAUGGCUUAGCAUAGGAACGAACGUAAACAUUUAGUAUUCUUAUGCUGAGUAUUAUCGUUGAAGCAGUUGUAUUCAUUAUCUCUUUCUUAUUGAAUUCUCCUGUGUAACAUCUGAAAGAAUAUAUUGUAGAUACAGAGGAGAAAACAUAUCAAAAUGAUGUCAUGAUUGCAGAACUUGAUCAUUUUUUCUCGUAUAUAGCUCCUUAUUAAUUACGGAUAGGAUUGAACUGAAGAAGAGAAAUUAAGUUGAUAGCAUACUCUUUAGGGCAAACGUAGAACAUUUAUUUGUUUCAAGUAGAAUUGACAAUUAUCGUAGACCGUUUUUUGAGUUGGUAAGAUAAGAUGACAAGCAUUUUUUAAUUUCAGUGCAUAAACUCUUGUAUUUAGCUACCAGACUUUGAAUGUCUUUCGAUAUUUAUAUCUAUUCUUUGAAUAUCAUUAAAUUCCGGGAUCUGACACUGUUACAAUCGCAGUUAUCUUGAAUAUAUAAAUUUGCUGGAAUGUAUACCAACUUGCCAUUAUUAGUUUCAUUUCCCCAUCCCAAUCAGGUAAUACUGAAGAUCUCCCUGACCAUUACAAGCAUCUAAAUUUCUAAAUUGGCAACGGUGUUAGAUCAAUUUCUGUGGUAUUCUCCAGUGCUUUCUUCAUUCAGUUGGUGAAAAUUAUAAUGAACUGGACAAAAUCAAUUCUUUUAUUGACAUGUUAUGGACUUAAUUUGCUGAUUCUGAACCCCGUAAUGUUGCCUCUUUAAUGUUUCGUUACAAUUUUUAGAAUUCUAGGCCUUCAUUGAUGGAUUUUCAUUGAUUGCUUUCUCUGUCUCCUUCAUAAUUGUGGAUUGUACCUGUUCAAGAGAAAGAUUUGAUGUUCAUUUUUAUAUAUCUCAAUAUUUAUUUAAACUUUUUUCCUCAUUCUCUUUGUUAACUCUCUACAGAUUUUUCUCUUGUGUGUGUCUGUACAAAAUUAUUAAAAUGUGGCACAUUUUUUGUCAAAUCCA